GGGAAGUGGUAAUUAAGAUAAACACGUGUAUAUAUAUAUGAAGUGCACCUCUGGGUUUCGUCGAGGUUCGUGAAAGGUAGCAAAGCAAGAUGGCUGGACCAGGAAGAAUGUACUUGCUACUAGCCAUGAUAUUACUGGUGGCAGCCCUGACGGCCAACGCACAGGGCGGAUUUGGUGCACAAGGGGGUCUUCCUGGGCUGGGCGGCUUCAGCGGACAAGGUGGGCUCGGAUCGGGUGGAUUCGGAGGUCAAGGUGGCGUCCGCGGCCCAGGAAACUUGGGCGGACAAGGCAGUUUCGGCAGCUCACUAGGUGGACUUGGGGGCGGAGGCCAAGAUGGAUUCGGUGGGUUCGGUGGACAAGGUGGAAGAAGACAAGGAGGAUUCGGAGGACAAGGUGGACGAGGACAAGGUGGAUUCGGAGGACAAGGUGGACGAGGACAAGGUGGAUUCGGUAGAGGUGGAAGAGGUGGUGGAGGUGGAUUCGGUGGACAAGGCGGACGGGGACAAGGCGGAUUCGGUGGACAAGGCGGACGAGGACAAGGCGGAUUCGGUGGACAAGGCGGACGAGGACAAGGCGGAUUCGGUGGGCAAGGUGGAAGAGGUUAAGUCAUCCAUGCUGGAACUGAUUCUGUGCUUUGACAAACCAAAAGAAAAUUUUGUACAUACUAUGAAACAAUGUAUUUCAUCUGCAUUCAUUAUAUCAA